UUGGAAUCUUGGAAGUGAGUGCUCUGUUCGUGACCCUCCAUAACUUUAGAUGAUGCCCCAAGCCGUGAAUGCAAAUCCUGAGUGUUUUUCGGGAUACUUUUAAGUGGCAGUGAUUGAUGAAUCUUAUUGUACUUGUCCAGUUAAUAAUGGUUGCCAAACUUGAAGUGUGGUUUCAAAUAUAACAUUACAGAGGAUAAUCCUUCAACUUAGUCGGCCUUGGAGUCACCUGCAUCUCGUGGAAUAUUGAACGGUUUUUUGAUUGAUUUCAAAAACCAAAGAAUCAGGAAAGAUGGUGGACUAUGCGAUGACCACACCUGCUUUCCCUCAUACCAACUUCAGUUUAGCAAAUAACGAAUCAAUAACAGAAUUAAUUAAGGAAGAAUAUGAUCUUCUGUACGAAGUUCCGACGGAGGUUGUGGUCUUCCUAUCGAUUGCCUACGGCGGAAUUAGCUUCAUAGCUGUCGUCGGGAAUAUACUUGUCAUUUGGAUUGUAGCCACAACUAGGCAAAUGCACACUGUUACGAACAUGUACAUAGCGAAUUUGGCACUGGCUGACGUUACCAUAGGCAUGUUCUGUAUACCAUUUCAGUUCCAAGCGGCUCUCCUGCAAAGGUGGAACCUACCGGACUUCAUGUGCGCUUUUUGUCCGUUCGUGCAGGUGGUGAGUGUAAAUGUUUCGGUUUUCACACUGACUGCGAUUGCUAUUGAUCGACAUCGAGCAAUUAUUAAUCCCCUCAGAGCGCGUCCAACGAAAUUCGUCUCGAAAGGUAUCAUCCUGGCAAUAUGGCUCGCAUCGAUAUCCUUCGCCAUACCGAUGGCUAUAGCUCUUCGUGUUCAAACAAUCACCGAGGAAAUUCGACGAGAUAAUGUAACGGCAAACUUCACCCGGCCCUUUUGUGAGUACAGCAAUCUCACCAAGAACGAGAUUCAAGCCUAUCGAUAUUACCUAGUUGUCGUGCAGUACAUCAUACCAUUUUGCAUUAUAAGCUUCGUCUACAUCCAGAUGUCCCUAAGGCUCUGGGGAUCCAGGACUCCAGGCAAUGCCCAGGACGCACGUGAUCUGACUCUGUUGAAAAAUAAGAAAAAGGUUAUCAAGAUGCUGAUUAUCGUCGUGGUUGUGUUUGGAAUCUGCUGGCUCCCGCUGCAAACCUAUAAUAUUAUCCACGUAACCUGGCCCGAAAUCAACGAGUAUAUUUACAUUAACAUAAUUUGGUUCUUCUGCGACUGGCUCGCCAUGAGCAAUAGCUGCUACAACCCAUUUAUCUACGGAAUUUAUAAUGAAAAAUUCAAACGUGAGCUAAAUCGUCGAUUUUCCUUUUGCUUUUGUCGCUUUAGCGGGCAGGAUGCCGCGGACCGAACAAUGUCCGUUUACACGCGAGCUAGCUCAAUUCGUUCCAACUAUACCAACUCGUCGAAUCGCUACAGGAACAAUGCGUUGAUAUUGCAACAGCGGAACUCGGCCAAUGCAAAAAUGGCUGCAGCAGCCCCGGCCGCAGCGGAAGGAUACAACGUGAUUACGGCGGACAUGGACAAUCAAAGGAGCGCCAGUGUGAUGAACAACAAUCGACUUUUAUGCAACGGCGACAAAAUGAUGUCAUGGGCCGAUCAGGAUCUGCUACACGUUAACGGGGACGUCCCGGAAGGCAGACGGGAGCAUGAGGUCCCCUCAACCGUUCUGGCGAGAGACUGCAUCUGUAACCCUAUUGGGGUGGAUGAGUGGAAUCAGACUAUAUACGAGAAGCAGUGUAUGCUGAAGCAGAACGGCACGCAAGCGAGAACGAUUCUUCGAACUGGAGCCCGCAAUGGGACCAGUAUCCUGCGAAACAAAAGGGAGAAUGCCCGGGGAACGACCGGGGACAGGUUCAGGUUUUUCAGGUUUCCCAGAAGACACACGAAUCAGCCGAGUGUAAACAGUCCUCGCGAAAUGAACGAAUACUGUGUACUGAGGAGGGAGGCGACGCGCUCCUCAAGGACUCGUGACUCCAAAUCUAGCGUGACAUUUAAUAAUAUGUGAUCUGUGAUUUACUACUGAUGCUAGGCUUCUAAUUAUAUGUAAUUUAUUGUAAAAAGCUAGGUAACAAAUAUAUCCUUACAAUUGGUAGUCGAAAUUUCUAAGCACAAAUUGAAUGGAAAGUGAUUUGUAUAUUCGUACUUUUGCGCCUCAAAUCUAGUUAAGGUAACUUAUUAAGGUUUUAUUUCUCUGUCAGUAUUAUUUUUAGAUUUAAGGACAACAUGUAAAUGUACUCGCCAAAAACUCA